AUGCCUCGCACGCGCUCGAGCGCGGGCGCGGCGGCGUCGAAGAGGGUUGACGAUGAUUCAGUGGUGCCACGUUCGACGCGCGCUGGACGAUCGAGCGCGCCCGAUGAGGCGGAUACGACGGACGAGGCGUCGGCUUCGGGUGGCGAUGCGUCCACCGAAACGCCCACGUCCACGGACGACGAGGUCACGGCGCGUGCGCGCGAGAAACUCGGCGGAAAGCGCGCGCGAACCGAGGCGCGCUCCGCGGCGCCGUCCAUCGACGAUCUCGAUCACGCGUACGACAUCCUCGACGCGAAAAAACGUGGAUUCUUCACCGCGCGCGAUCUUCGUCGGGCGCUCGACGCGAACGGGUUCGCCGAUUGGUCAGACGCGCGCUGUCGCGCCAUGGUGGUCGCGUUCAAGCCCGAGCGCGCGCGAAGAGCGCUCGAGCUUGAUCACGACGGCGCGCUCAGGAUGACCCGAGAAGAAUUCGAGGACGUGGUGAAACGAUCGGGCGCUCGAGCGCCCUGCUGA